CACAGUACAAACCAAGCAAAAUAAACCUCCUUGUUCCGUCCGCUCCCUUAUCCGAACCCGUUGUAGAAAUUCGAUCGCCUUCUCUACUCUCUCUAAAUUUCCGAUUCAAUUUCUGUAGAUCUUGUUUCAGAGAUCGAGCGAAGAUGAUGCACAUGACCUUCUACUGGAGCAAGGAGGUGACUCUCCUGAUCAAUUCAUGGCGCACCAAUUCAUGGCUGAGCUACUUCCUCUCCCUGUUCGCCUGUCUCAUCGUCUCUGUUUUCUACCAGUACUCGGAGAAUUACCGCAUCCGUUUGAAGCUUCUUUCGUGUAGAAAUCCGUCGCCGUCGGCAAUCGAGGUCCCUCUCAUCCAAUCCAAAGUGGCCGGAAAGUGGCCGGCCGCCAGAUUUGCCGAAGCGCUGUUUUUCGGAGUCAAUUCCGCGAUCGGUUACCUGUUGAUGCUGGCGAUCAUGUCCUUCAACGGCGGAGUUUUCGUUGCUGUUGUCUUAGGGCUCGCGAUUGGUUAUUUAGCGUUCAGGAGUGACGGCGAGGACGUUACUGUUAGCGUUGAAAAUCCUUGUGCCUGUGCUUAGUUCUUCCCCUCGGUUUACCAAACAGAUGAAACAAUUGCUAUUCCUGCUCCUUUCAAUUACGAUAUGGUUGUGGUUUCUUUCAUUGUCUAUAAAAUCCACCGUUUAGGUUUCUUCCCGAUCUCGCAAAAUCGAUUGUCCUUGUGGUUCAAUUCUGCUAUUUGAAAAUUUCCAGAUCUGUU